AUGAAGUCUUUCGCUGUUGCCGCCCUCCUGGCUUCCACUGCCAUGGCUCUGCCCACCAACGUCAUCCCCAGCGGCACCAUCCCCUCGGGCGUCCCCAGCUGUAUUCCCUCCGGUGUCGUUCCCUCGGGCGUGCCCCUGCCCUCCGGCAUCGAGAUCUGCCUGCCCAGCGCUACUCCCAGCGCCAGCGCCAGCAGCAUUGUCUCCAAGACCAUGACCGUCACCAACCAGAACUCUGAGCAGAUUCCCGUUCAACUGCAGUCCACCGUCGCCAACGCUCUGUCCAGCGUUGAGGGCCCCAUCGGUCAGGUCGUCCAGACUGCCCCCUCCGUCGGCGCCCUGAACCUGGAGAACCUCGGCUCCGGCUUCAUGACCGUCGCCACCAAGGAGGGCUCCGUCGCUCUCGUCAAGCUCACCUCCACCGCUGAAGGUCUCCUCUCCAGCCUCGGCCUCGGCCAGGUUUCCUCCCUUGUCGGCACCCUCGUCGGCACCGUCGAGGGCACCGUCGAGAGCAUCGUCGGCGGACUCGGCGGUCUCGGUGGCCUGAAGCGCGACGCCGUUUCCGACGUCAUGCAGAUCACCAACCUGAACGGCGACGUUGUCCCCGUCAAGCUUGAGUCCUCCGUCCUCGGCCUCCUCAGCGGUCUGGACCUGACCUCCCUGCUCGGUGGUGCCUCCGGCCCCAUCGGCUCCGUCGUUGCUGUCGCCCCCUCCGUCACCGACCUCGCCUCCAAGGCUCAGUCUAUUGCCGCCGACCCCACCCAGCUGAUCGGCGUUCUGUCCCAGGACGGCUCCUCCGCCAUGCUUGUCAAGCUCGAGGGCACCGCCACCGGCCUCCUGAGCUCCCUGGGCCUCAGCACCGUCGGCACCACCGUCGGCUCCGUCGUCGGCGGUGUCGCUGGCAACGCUCUGUAA